ACCCAUUUAACAUCGCCAACCCAAACCCUACAUCCAAAAUCCUCUCCCAACCCUCGCGAUCCGCCCCCCUCCAACACUAGCGUUCUCGGUUUCUUCCAAUCCCUCGCUUUGCAUACAGCUUUGUUCAACCUGCUCGAACCCUCGUCGCACACCGCUGUUGCUCUCCAACCUGCAUCCAACCCUCGUCGUAGCGAGGCCGUGUUCAAGUAGUUUGUCACCAGCUCCAAAGUUUGUCGCCAGGCCCACGCUUGUACAGUUUGACCCUCAUCAUAACAGUUCGUCGUUGAUCUCAUCUUAAAGCAUUCGUAUAUAUCAAGAUCUGUGGACUAGCUCGAAGCUGCUCCUCGUUUGGACUCGCAAUCUGCACAGGCUGAUCAUUCCCUUUUAAAUGAUAAAAUUUCAAUUAAUCCGUCGGCCAAUCUGGCCAACACCACCUAACCCAAAUUGACGCUUUGCCUCGCAGACCUUUUUCGCCUUUGCAUGAUGUCGCCUUGCUGACGUUCUGCAAGUUUCUGCAAAUACCAUCGAUGGAUCUUCUCUGCAAAGCUUACGGCGACGCUUCUGAUGAAGAUGGAGAAUUUGAGAAUCUGGGUGAAGUCAAAUACAAACGCCAACGCUCUAUCCCUCCUCAUAAGAGAACCUGUUCAGAAGCCUACGCUCCCGUGCAAUCCCCCUCACCUGCUGUGGUUCUUCCUGCCCAGCCUCCUAGUAGAUAUGUGUCCAAGAGGGAUCGGGCGAUCUUGGCGGCUAAAACCACAUCCACUCCCUCCGCCGCUCACCCUCUUCCCAAUCUUCCUACCACCAACGUCGAGCCUCUUGUUGGAUUAACUUUGGAUUCAGAACUUCCAUCAGAUAUUUUGAAUUUAUUAAAGUGCAAAAAGAACAUUGCUGCUGCUAAGAGUAGGGUUUCUACUGGACUCUCGGUUUCAUUAAAUGGUCACACUUCUGCCGUCAAUUCUAUACAGUGGUCAAAAAGUCAUGGUCAUCUUCUUGCUUCUGCAAGUAUGGAUCAGGCAGUUUAUGUAUGGAACGUCUGGAACAGAAAUCAACAGAAAGUUUGUGCUUUAAGAUGCCAUAAUGCUGCGGUAAAAGAUGUCAGAUGGUCUUCCGAUGGAUUAUCUUUACUUUCUUGUGGUUAUGACUGUUCAUCACGACUUGUUGAUAUUGAAAAGGGUACAGAAACACAAAUGUUUAAAGAGGAGCAAACCGUGGAAGUUGUCAGAUUCCAUCCAGAAAAUUCUAGUCUAUUCCUUUCUGGAGGUUCAAAGGGCUUACUCAGACUAUGGGAUAUAAGAGUUGGGGCAGUGGUGAAGGAGUAUCUUAAAGGGCUUGGGCCAAUUCUCGAUGUAGAAUUCAGCCGAGAUGGAAACAACUUCAUUUCUUCCAGUGACACUUCUAACAGCCGCAUUAGUGAGAACUCUAUUGUAUUAUGGGAUGUUAUGCGGCAAGUUCCUUUAUCUAACCAGGUUUAUGCAGAGGCGUACACCUGCACUUGCGUUCGGUAUCACCCAUAUGGUUCUUGCUUCAUCGCACAGUCGAAUGGUAACUAUAUUGCUGUUUUUUCUGCUAGGCUACCAUAUAAGUUAGACAAAUACAAGCGGUAUGAGAAUCAUGGCGUGUGGGGCUUCCCUGUCAAAUGUAAUUUCAACAUGGAUGGUCAACAAAUUGCAUCCGGCUCCUCAGAUGGGUGUAUCUACUUGUAUGAUUACAAAUCAUCCAAUCUUCUGAAAAAAAUUAAGGCAUUCGAGCAGGCAUGCGUGGAUGUUGCCUUCCACCCCACAAUACCUGAUGUUAUUGCUUCAUGUAGCUGGAGGGGGGAAAUCUCCGUGUUUGGAUAAACGAGUUGUAAUGAAAACUAGCUUCUUCUUUUAGGAAUUGUAAAGUUUCGGAAGCUAAAUAUAAUGUAUAUUGUAUGCAAUAUUAUCUUUAGUGUUAAAAAAACCCCGUUAAAGAA